GCAACGUCAAACAUUGCUGGAAUUUUCAAAUAAGCAUUCAAACAGCGAAGCGCUCCUAGAAGUUCAGUGCCAAUCGACUCAAGAGAUACGUGCGUCACGCUAAUUUUCAAUUAACCUCCAGUGCUGCUUUUGCCCAUCCCUCGAAGACCUUCGGGGAAACCACUGUUCGUUUGCACAGUCUGACAUCGUUAUUCAUAAAGCGGCAUCCAUCCACUCGCUGACGUUAGUCUCCUCCGAAGCUCUGACGAAAACUGCUACUUUAAAAGGAACCGUUCAAAAAGUAAAUAAAGAAAAAAUUUAGAGUCCUCGUGGUGGAGCGCACUCUGCUACUCGUUCGAGGUUCUUACUUGUGUUCGUCGUCUGUUUCUUCCAGAUUCCUCGGUCGUAUGAGCAACCAGGUUCGCUUUUUUAAGCGAUCUCCAUGAAGCAGUGAGCGGAGCUGCUUGUGGCUGCUGAAGAAGAUGGCUAUUCAUGUGGAGGGGCUUGUAGCAAUCAUCCUGUUUUAUGUUCUGAUUCUUUUUGUUGGAAUAUGGGCAGCAUGGAAAAACAAAAACUCUGGAAAUGCAAGUGGGACAGAUCGCUGCGAAACCAUUAUGGUCGGUGGGAGAGACAUUGGACUGUUCGUCGGCGCUUUUACAAUGACCGCGACCUGGGUGGGCGGCGGCUACAUCAAUGGAACAGCAGAAAACGUCUUUUUACCCGGGUAUGGUCUGGCAUGGGCGCAGGCACCCUUCGGAUACUCACUUAGUUUGGUAGUAGGUGGUUUGUUUUUUGCCAAACCCAUGCGAUCUAAAGGCUAUGUUACCAUGUUAGACCCAUUCCAGCAAAUCUAUGGAAAAAGAAUGGGUGGGCUGCUGUUCAUUCCAGCCCUAAUGGGAGAAAUCUUUUGGUCUGCUGCCAUUUUGUCUGCACUGGGUGCCACCCUCAGCGUCAUAGUGGAUAUUGAUAUCAACAUAUCAGUUAUAAUUUCUGCUUUCAUUGCAAUCUUUUACACCCUGGUUGGUGGAUUAUAUUCUGUUGCCUAUACAGAUGUAGUGCAGCUUUUCUGCAUUUUUUUAGGACUGUGGAUCAGUGUACCUUUUGCAAUGUUCAAUCCAGCUGUGUUAGACAUUGGAAAAACAGCUGUUCAAAAAGUAUACCAAGAGCCCUGGCUUGGGUCGAUUGAAUCCUCAGAUAUUAUGAUGUGGCUGGAUAACUUUUGUCUGUUGAUGUUAGGUGGAAUUCCAUGGCAGGUUUAUUUCCAACGAGUUCUGUCUUCCUCAUCUGCAACAUAUGCACAGGUAUUGUCUUUCCUGGCUGCUUUCGGCUGUUUAGUGAUGGCUGUGCCAUCUGUCCUGAUUGGAGCCAUUGGGGCAUCGACAGCAUGGAACCAGACCACAUAUGGACCACAGUGGCCACAGGACAGACAUCAGUCUGAUAUGAUUUUACCAAUAGUGUUGCAGCACCUCUGUCCACCAUACAUUUCAUUUUUUGGCCUUGGUGCCGUGUCAGCUGCAGUGAUGUCUUCUGCUGAUUCCUCCAUUCUGUCUGCAAGCUCCAUGUUUGCACGCAAUAUCUACCAUCAGGCUUUUCGACAACAGGCAUCCGACAGAGAGAUCUUGUGGGUCAUGCGGAUCACCAUUUUUGUGUUCGGAGCUGUAACAACAGCCAUGGCCCUGCUAACAGGAACAGUUUAUGGACUGUGGUACCUGAGUUCGGAUCUCGUCUAUGUCAUUAUUUUCCCCCAGCUACUCUGUGUGCUGUUCAUCAGAGGAACAAACACUUAUGGUUCAGUGGCAGGAUAUGUUUUUGGGCUGCUUCUGAGAAUCGGAGGAGGAGAGCCAUACCUCAAACUGCCUCCAUUCAUCUAUUAUCCUUGGUGGGAGACAAUUGGAAGUGUCCAUCCUUUGACACAUACAGAAGAGUACACAAUUGUCCAGAAAUUCCCCUUCAAGACUGUGUCAAUGAUUUCAUCCUUCUUAGGAAAUGUUUUAUUUUCUUAUUUAGCUAAAUAUCUUUUUGAAAGUGGUCUGUUGCCACCAAAGUAUGACUUCCUCGAAUCUGUUGUUGCAAAGCACAGUAAGGAAAAUAUGGAUAAAACAACCUUGGUGAACGAUGACAAUAUUGUCCUUUCAGAAUUGGCGCCAGUAAAACCAAGGCACAGCAUUGCGCAUGCAGCGGUUUUCAUAAAUAAAGAAGCACUAAGUGAAGAAGACAGCAGCCCUGAUUCACCGAAUGAUGGAGAAGAUUAACGUUUCCUUCAGCUUACAACAUCGCCUUAAAUGAAUGGAGUAAAGUGUACAGAAAUUUGAAAUGGUGGCUUUGGCAAAAAAAAAAAAACAACAAAACAACAUUUUGUUGGUAUUAAUUUGCUGCUAUAUUAUUUAUUUUUUAAUGAAUAGGCAAUGAGGGCAUACUGCUCAUUAUGGUAGGAUAGGCAUCUGUUAAGAGGUGCUGGAGAAUUUGCCGUUAAUUUAUUACUAGUGCAAUACUACGACCUGGAUGAUAUCCUUAUUCAUGUUUGGAGGCAGUGUCUUUCAUUUGAAAAGAUAUGUGCAGCUUUAUUUUUUUAAUUGUCCUGUAUUGGAUAAUGUAAACAGAAUAUAGGAAAUGUUAUAAAGGAACCCGUAAUAGCAAUAACAGGUCAUCUAUGAGCAAUAGACGAGGUGAACUCAACAGGCUGUGGCCUGUGACUGCAUUUAGUCGGCUCCCAAGGGUGAUUUAAUGCAUCUUCUUUUGGAAGACCAAUUCUUCAAGUUUUUAUAGCAUAUGAAGGCAACUUUAAUUACAUGUACCCUAAAUUUCAUCAUGGCAGGGUUCACUAGGGGCCCAAAAUACCAGCAUGCUCUAGGCAGGUAAAGGGUGGGUGAGCAUGUUGCCACAUUUUUGCUUUAUCGGUCAGCUAGGUAUCACUGCUAAUGUAUAUGACCCCCAGGGUUAGCCCAUAAAUACGUGACAAGAACAUGCAGACUGUUCAGAUUCAGAAGCUGUGAGGCAAAAGUGAUAAAGGCUGCCUGCUAUCAUUCAAAAUUAGAGUGCAUUGUUACCAUUAACAAUGAUGUUAACAUCUACGUAAAUAAACUAAAACAGAAGUUGUCAUCAUUCCAAAAAUUUUAGCAUUCCAAAAACCGAUUAACCUGCCGGUUGUCAAGGUGGACUGGAGUCAAAUAACUGCCUAGGAAAAAUUGAAGAUGGAUAAUAAGAAGGAGAAGAAUCAAAUUCUAACAUGCUAGGAAAAGUCAAAAAGAAGUUCAUAAAGGCCUAAUCUGCAAAGCAGAAGCUGAAGUCUAAGGAAAACUAGUGAUAUUCCUAUCCUAUUAUGCUAUAUAUCUUUAUUCUUUAAGAAUGUAUCCCCAAAAUAGGACAUUCUUCCUGUGAUGGUACCAUUGUAAAUCAGGGUGGUGUAAUUGCAGCAUGAGUUCAGGAAUGAUGAGACUAGUGAGAUGGUACACACUGCAAGACACACAAUAGUGGUGACCACAAAAAAAAAAAAGAACCAUGCAAUGGAGUAGUAAUUUGCUGUUUUUAAAAUAAUUUUUCUAAUCUGCCUUUAUGGCUCAUUCGUAGCUUCGAACAUCAAAUAAUUAUUUACUUUAUAUUCGUGCUCUAGGAGAAAUUCAUUAUGAUUUAUGUUUUCCGCGUCACUAUUUUGCUUUUUUGUAGGGGCUGUCAUUUUUGUGAGCUGGUUACCAUAAUGCUGUAGACCAUUGCUAGAGAGCAUGGUCUUAGGACGUCAUAAGCACAACGCUUUUUAAAAUGACAAGUUAGACUGCGGAUACACUUCCUAAAAAUCUUUAGCAGUGUGCAACGUGUGGCACGUGCUUAUAGAUUAAGAAUUUACAAUUCCUUUUUCGAGUUUAUGGACUAGUAAAGCAUGCGGAACUACAGUCCUAAAAUAAAACACCAAGAACUUACACUUGACUAUGAAUUCUAAACAUGUAUGUACCACAUCCUGGGCACUAUCACUUGAUAGGCUUGUAGGGAUUGUGCUUUAAUUACGGGACACUUUUCUGCCCACUUUCCGGAACAAGUCAGGUCAUAAGUCUUCGAUUAAGACAGAGAUCAAGAUUCUAGCCUCAUUAGUUUGAGAGUAAUCAUAUGACAGACGGACAGACAUUAGAAUUUUAUAGGUAGAGUUUCAGAUUUGGUCAUUAAUGUUAUUGGUUCAUUCAGUUUUGAUCCUUCUGUAUUUACCUACCCUGUAUCUAGUUUCAUCCAUUUCCAAAUGGAAUACCUCAACUAGAAAAGUACUCACAUUUCAGGAUUUUGGAUACCGGAAGUAAAUGUCAGCUUUCUUUCUCAAUACCCUCCAAACACUCACAUAUAAUUAUGAAAAAACAUCUGUUUCAAAAGACUUUCGGCGAUUAAGAGGUGACAUGAUUGAAGUGGAGAAGGCAGAGUGGUAUAGUGGCCGUGCUGUUGCCUCAUAGUAAAGUUACCGAGGUUUGCCUCCCAGUUUUUCCCUGCAUGGAGUUUACUUGUCCUGCCAAUGUUUGCAUGGGUUUCCUCUGGAUGAUCCAUUUUUCUCCUAAAACCAUGAAGGUUAUGUGAAUUGGCAGCACUAAAUUGGCUCUAGUUUGCACCCAGUGAGUGUUGGACUUUCACUCAGUCCAGGGUUUGUUCCUGCCUUGUGCCCUGUGCUUGCUGGGAUUGGCUCCAGCACCCCCGUGUGAG